CCUUCCAUACUCCUCAUUCUCGUGCUUCUUUAGCUCAAGAUUUCACUCUUUCUAUAUGAACUUCAAUGGCGUGCCCUUACCUUGUCUUGAAUAGCUUACUAUAGUUCUUAUAUGUACUCUUGACCAUAACAUAUAUUCUCAUCUAGCUUGGUAGCAUCGAAUAGGUUUGAGUGACUCAUUGCCCUUUUCAAACUUCUCCAACUUGGGCCCAGGGUGUGAUGGGACAAAAUUUCGGCUCAAUUUAUUUGGUCCAACUGAUUCAGUACUUGAUGUUGAACCUAUCGAAGUUGAGGUAUCACAUUUCCUCUCCACUUAUAGAAAUUUCGCCCUCAAAAUUUGUCCACUGUGAUUUCCCUAAGCAUCGCUUGUGGUAAUCCUUUUCACUUCAAGGAUUUUUAUUUCCUUUAACUUAUACGACAUGACCUAAAAUCCUUCUCUCCAUUCCCUGCAACUUCAAUGUUGUUGUGGCUUCUUAACCCCUCACAUUAACUCGGUUGCACCUUGUACAUAAAUAGGAACGAUAACUAUCCAUUUGGUACAUGAAAAGUUAGUGCCCCUCUCCAACCACAAGGUCACUGAUGGCGGUUUAUCUUCCAUCUAGUCAGAUGGUAAAACUCUUUUAACGUAACUCUCGUCUAGGGUUGACCUCAUAGGUCACCUAGGUUCUUGUAUCUCCUAACUUUGCAUCCCUUACUUUCCUCCUUGAUGCCUCGUGUUAUCCUUUAACCAUAAACUGAGUGGUCAUCUCCUCGUUAAUUCUUACUUACCUCUGAAACCUCAUACUACUGCUUUUACUUCCUGUAUGCAUUAAAGGCAUUCUUUGCAUCUUUCUCUAGCUUGCUAAAAACUAUAUGACUCCCUUCAAGAGUCAUGAACUUCCCUUUGGCUUACCUGUUCCCUCCUGGCACCUAACUUAGCACUUCCUUAUCGCAACCUUUAUUUGAAGUUCUCGUACUAUCAUUCUGCUACUCUUAGACCCUGGCUGAAAUUCCUCAUACAGUUUCCCCGUCCAAUAGAGUUUUACCCGAGAGAUUGACACCUUUCACCAACAUAGGCAAUCUUGGUUUCACUUUUGGGUAUUCUAGCAGUUUCACUAAACUUAUAUCCCUCUUACUUCGUUACUCGUGACUCUUCUUCUUGAUAUUACUCUCUAGUUCUAGAUGACGUCCUUUAUUCUCGAUAUAGUCAUCUAGGUUCUCAUAUCCUCUUCUUACUAAUGUACCUUGAGUCCUUGACUUAUAAGGUUCUCCCUUUGACUAGUCUUAACGACCACGAUUCCAUCUUACUUUCUUGAUGGAAUUCCUAUGGAUUGAUUGUUCUCUACUGGUAAUCAACCUAAUGCUUUUCUUGUUGUCUGUUGUACUCCUGCUUCCGCCUGUCUUAACUAUCUUCCUUGACGCAUACAUCUCCAGUUUGAUGCCAACCAUAUUCUUGCUUCUUUACUUUUACUACCACCAAACUACAACUCUUUUGUUGUUGCUUGUACUAUAUUUGAUCACCAACCUCUGCUGAGUAUCUUCUCGUUGUUGUUUUUAGGUCACAACUUCCAAUGGUGGCUUGCCCUUGGUAACCUUUAACAAACUCAUUCCAUGUCUCUUUUAUUGAUCGAUCUUGUACAUAAACUUAGUCUCUUAGUUAGGAUUCUUAGUGGCUUAACUAAGCGUGCCUGUUUCAUCCUUAACUAGUUGUCUCCUCUGGAGCCCUCCUACUAUGCCUGCUCCCACUCAGAGUGGGGUACCUUGGAUAAGGUAACUUCUCUCUUUCCUCCUUCUCGGUAAUGCUUUCCCUCAUCAUACCUCUUUGUGCAGCUUCUUGACCUCGAGUCACCUAAGACUUGACCCAUUGACUUCUUGAAAUCUCGUCAAACUCCAUCUGCCUUUUUGCUCUUCCUUGGUAUUGUUCGCAAACUCUCUUCAUUACGACCGUUUAGACUCUUCCUCGAAUUCUCAAACUUUCAUUAGAACUUCUAAUGAACAUUCUACUUGCUUGUCUAUACUCGUUUGGUUGAAUGACUUACUCCUAUCGCGGGUUCCGAGACUCUAGUUCUUAGCCCUCUAGUUCCAACUUAUUACAGAGGUUCCUCCUUCUGUCACCCCUCAUGUACCCUAGGCGGCUAGGUGCUCCCUUCAUUUAGGAUAGGACGAUCACAUAACAGACCAUCGUGAACUCUGGCAUUCCCCCUCUCAACGGUCCCAACGACCUCCUGACCUUUCGUGAUCUGGGUAGUUUGUAGGGUCUCUCAUAUCCCAAUUCAUCCUCUUUCUAGGGCGGUGUUAUCUUGGUAUUCAACUCACGUAUUGGUGAGAAGUGGUUGUCUAUCCAUACUGCCAUUUAUUUGCUAACUGUUAUUCCCUCUCACAUUCCAUGUCUUUUGUAACAUAUUGACUCCCCAUUGUCUUCUACCAGGCAUGCUUUAGUCUUCGGUGACACUUCCCCCCCCCCCCCCCCCCCCCCAUGUCGUAUACUGGUGGUGUUACUGAGACAGUAACUUGUCCUCCACAUUAUUUACCCCGUUUUUUGUCUUUCUCCUUCUAAAGGCUUGUCAUCGGCCUAACUCCCCAGGGUCGUUUACCCUCUUUUCUAGUGACGUAUUUUAUCUAUAAGGGUCCUUUAUCGUUAUAUGUAAACGACCAUGCCUCCUCUCCAACUUGACCUUUUGACUUCUUUAAGUCAUUUCAUACUCCCUGUAACCUACUCACUUCCUCCUUUGCUUCAUUCAUAUGACUCUAUCGUUGCCUAACGUUCAAACUUUCCACUACUCCUUGUCACUGUGUCGUAAUAACAUCGACCACUAAAACCAAUAGAGUGGUUCUUAGUGGAGCCUCUUUGUUUCCUCCUUGUCCCUCUUAGGAUCAAAUACCCUAAAUCCUCUCAUUAUCGUAGCCGAUGGCGUCAAGUGAUUGUAUCUCUUCCUUCGGACAUUCAUAUUUCCCCAGUUGUUUGUUUUUGCUUAUUAGGUCCCCCCUUGUUGCCUAGUAGUAAAAUCCUCGUACUACUCUCUCAACUCCUUCAAAAUCCUUGAGGUAUUCCCUUUCAAUUGGCACCUAUUUGCUGGUGUUUGGAGUUGAAGUCCUCGCUUAUUUGAUUCUACUUCCCCAGACCUUUGCAACGUUUCUCCUUCCUUCUCUAGGUUGAUGAUGAUGAUCUGUUUGCCGUGUUGUCAUAGUUAUUCUUAAACAAUCGCACCCUGGGCUACCAUCCCUUCGUGCCGUGUUGUCAUAGUUAUUUAACUUAAUAUGCUUAGAGUAGACUGGAGAUUCUAUAAACUCUUAAAAGAAGAUCCUUAACUCGUUUUCCUUUCCUUUAAAACAAAAGCCUUUAAAACUGAGAUCGACAUUCUAGUAUUCCUUGUAAACCAAGGUACAGAGGAAGACCGACUCUGAUACCAAAAUGAAACACCCUAACCCAUAACUCAAGCAAAGCACACAUAGUCAAUCAUACACAUACCAAUUCGCUAAAAUACUUAAAAGAAUACGUAAGGCGUAGAAUUUACCCCCUUUACACUCACCUUACUUAUCGAGUUGAUCGACUAAAAUUAUCAUCUAGCUUGAUAGAGGAAUGCUCCCAUAUUGAUCUCUUUCAUCCAAAUACAGGAGUGCACAAGUACGUCUACAAUUGAUCCGUGGAAUCUUCAAUGGUGGUUCAUCAGUACUCCAACAGAAGGAAUACGAAUCUAGAAACCGCCAAUUUCAUUCAAUAUUUUCUGACCCUUGAGCUGCAAUGAUGAAGCAACAUCUUGGCCGAUGCAUUCAAAAUCAACUCAACUCCAAGCAAAAUCCCCGGAAAACAAAGCAAUUUUACGGGGGAAAACUCCAAAUCUUCCCAACUAAGAGAAGCGGUUACCGUUUUUCAAUCCAAUACUGGACUCCUCAGUGUUGAUGUUGUAAAGAACACCUUCGUAUCUGAUCUCACUCUUGGAAGUCAAGCUUAUCAAGCUUCCUAUGUAGGAAUCUGCCGCCGAAUUCGACCUGGAUGUCUAGGCCGAAUUGGCACCAUUCUCCGUCGCCAUGGAUAAGAUAUAUAUGUACCUAUAUAUAUCUCAAAAUUGAAAUCUGAGUCGCGAACAAAGUCGCAGUCGCAUGAACUGACUGAUCUCGUCGGUCGUCGGCGAUUGACAGAGAGAACUACGGUUUAGGUUAUCCGUAUUUUUCUUCGGGGUUAUUUUGGGAAUUUCAUAAUCACGGGUGAGUUUAAUCCGAAAUUCAGUUAACGUCCAUAAUUUUCUCACUUCAUGUCAAACUCGACAUCGUUUGAACAAUUAGUUCACAUUUUUAAUCCUCAUCGGUAAUAUGGUGGAACUUAACCCAAGGGUAUGUUAGUCAUUUCGACUUUUGGGAAGAGCGGGGUGUAACAUGUAUCCCCUACAUAAGUGGCCUUAAUAUCAACCAACCAUUCCGGUAAAAAAGUAGACAGGGCAUUGCAUUCACUAAGAAUUAAAUCUUCUUCAAACAUUUGAGACAUCACAUCAGCUGCCCCGUUAAAUAUUCCUCUUCGAUAUUUAAUCUGAAAAUCCAAACCAUCAGCUUUACCAACCCUUUUUGUGAAUAACAGUGUGGAAUUUAUGUUCAAGAAGAUGUUUGAGACUCUCAUGAUUGGUGAGGAUGGUAAACUAGCGCCCCUCCAAGUAAAGAUGUCAAAAGGUGACAGUCAUUAAAACCGCCAUUUACUCCUUCUCAUAGGUACUUAAACCCUGAUUCUGAACUCCAAAAGCCUUGCUGAAAUAAGCUAGAGGGCGCCCCUGCUGACAACGAAGAACACCUACUCCAAUCCCACAAGCAUCAGUCUCGAAAGUAAAUGGUAACUUAAAAUUGGAAAUAGCCAAAACUGGGGCAGAACUCAUGGCUUGCUUGAGAGCGAGGAAAGCCUCUUCUACUGAUUGAGACCAGUGGAAACCAUCUUUUUCAAUAAAUAUCUAAAUGGUCUACUGAUGAUACCAUAAUGCCUGAUAAACUUGCGGUAGUACCCUCUGAGACCGAUAAACCCACACAAGCCUUUCACAGAUCGAGGACGAGACCAAUUUACCAUGGCUGCAACUUUACCAGCAUCAGUGGCAACACUAAAUUGUUCUCGCAUAAUCCCAACAAGCGCACAUCAAAGGAGAAUUCCUACCCCUGCAUCUUCCACACAAAAUCACGACAAAUCUUGGUACUGAAGAGAGAAUCACCAUUUGCGACCUUUACCUUCAUCGGCGUCGCCGCCUACAAUCGGCACCAGAGUUCCUUCGCCUUGGUAUAUCUGAAAGAUGUGUGACUACUCCCUGUAUCCACUAGAACAAGGAUGUCCGAACGUCCAGACCAAGCCUAAAUCUUCAUUGAAACCCCCGGAACACUAUUUCCAAUCGCUUGCAUUGAAACUUCUUAUGUCAGUUCCACUAACUCCACUAUCUCAUCGUCACUAUCCUCUACUGGUGGCUUCCACUUGCAGAACUAUAAUUGUUGUGUUUCUCACAAACAUGGCCAUGGAAAUACUUACUCCCACACUUACAGCAUAAGCCCUGCCCUCAUGGAAUUGAUGAUCUUUCUGUUGCAAUUAGAAUCGACAAAGACGACGAUUUUGUGUAAAUCUUAUGUUGUGUUGAAGAGUUUGGCAUCGAAUUCGUAAACUGUGAAACUUCUUCUUUCGUGCCUCAAUUGAUGAUUCCUUAAAACUAACUUGGUGAAAGGCAAGGGACAAGGUCGAAGGAUUCUGAAUCGUCACCACUUGCUGAAUUUCUUCGUCUAAUCCGCUAAUGAAGCUCAUUACAAAGUAUGGCUCUUAUAGUGCAGGGUUGAGCCGCAACAUCCUCGAAUGGAGCUCCUCAAAUUUCUCUUGAUAUUCAGCCACCGUACCUGUUAUGGAAUAGCCUCCCUGCUCACUUGGGUAUUGUGAAUCCUAGUCUAGAUGUGUGUUAGGAUGUAAGAACUUGAUUCUAUUGUGUUUAUUGAAUGUUUAUAUAAUAUUUGAGAUAUUUUCAUGAAUGGUUGAAUAUGAUAGCUUUAACUCAUGAUUGUGUCAUUUUGACCUAGGUGGAGUGAAUCUCCUUGUUGAAAGAGGCUUUGAGAAGUUGGAUUCUUGCCCAAUUUGUGUCACCCACCUAUGCAAAUUAGGAAAAUUCUUAAAUUAAUCAUGAUUAGUGAGUGUUGCUUGCAUUAUAUCAUUGUUGGGUAAAAAUUAACCUAGAGGGUGGAAAUCCCCCUUUGGCCCAUAAGGAGCUUGGCCUCCUAGCCUCUUGGAUAACCCAUUUUUGGUUAAUCUAGGGCCAAAACCUCAAGUAUCGGAGUAGUACCAUGAUGCCACCAUGAUCGAUUUCUCUCCGCCGUCCGGAUUAAGUUUCGAGGGAUUGAUUCGCAAUCCUUAGUCGACCGAUUUAGAAGGGUAGAUCGUCUAGACUAGGGUUGAAAUUAUUAACCGAAAGAUUAAGAGAGUUAGAACACUAACUUUAUGCAACAAUCCUAUGUUGGUCAACUAAGAGAGUUAUUGUUUCCCCGGUUGAUCGGUUAAGAGAGGUAGAUUCCCUAGCUUCUUGUAACAAACCUUAAUCGAUAAACUAGGAGAGUUUGCCCCUUGCUAGUUGCACCCACCUUACGUUAUAUGAACACAUCCUUAACACUAAAGUUCCACUCAUGCUUUCUUAAUACGAGACUAAGGGAAGCAAUACCCAAGUGAAAUCAUCUCAUAUAGAAUUCUCCUCAAUAUACUUUCCUUGUUUGUUUAUUUUGUAGUUUUAUUAGUUUUAAACCUGAUGACUCGAUAUUUGCACAUGUUUUCCCCUUUGUUUGUUGAUCGUUUGAGAUUUAAUUAUCGCGUAUUUGGCCUAUUUUACGCUAGGUUGUGUUCCUUUGUCACAUUUCAGGUCCUAGCACAUAAAGUGAAGCAUAGGCGCAAGUUCCAAGUCAAUCAGAGAUCAAUUGGCGAUUCGAGAGAAGAAACUCGGGCAUGACCUGAAGAAGAAUGGAAUUCUACAUCACUUUAUGGACAAAUAAUCAUGCAAGCUUGUCAUGAAAAUAAAGAGGACGAGACUAUGAGCGUCUGGGAUCAAACGGCGACUGAUCCGGAGUCCGGACGAGGGAGAAACAAAGCAUUGAAUAUAGGGGAACAGGAUCGGCAGUAAAAACACGGGCGCGCCUAAAUCAAAACACGGCCGUGCCCAUAUUUAGGCACGACCGUGUUUUGGCUGACGCGCGCGGGCGUGUUUUUAACAUGGGGAAAAACACGGGCGGGCAAAAGCAAAACACGGCCGUGUCCUCGACAGUGUUUUGCCCAGAAUCGGGUUUUUUAAGCCAAUUUCGAGCCAAAGGAGAGGGAGAGCUGGGUUUUGGAUCCCAAACACCCAAGGGAUGAACCAAAGAGAGAGAGGGCGAUUUGAGGGCAUUCCUGGAGUGGAAUUGGAGGAUUUCUUUGCCUUGGAAGCUCGAGGAACAAGCCUUGACUUGAAGACUGAUCAUCUGAAGAUUCUUACUGCAGUCUCUCUCUUCUCUAUGGAGUAACUUCCCUUCACUUAGGUUUUGAGGAACCCUAGCUAUGUUUGUUUGAUUGGAUGAUUGUAUGAGUACUCUGACUUGAUAAUCUUCAGUUCAUAUUCAAUCUAUGCAUGUUUUCAUUAUUCAAUUCUGCUUUAGUCGAGAUCAUUGAUUCUGCUUUGAUCCUAUGAGAGGGAAUCCUUGAUUAGGUCAAUAGAGCACCAUAGAUUGAUAGUAGUGGAUCGAUUGCUUUAGUCGAGGGUUGAUUCAGUGCUUUGUAUCGAUUGAGAACCUCUUUCGAUAGAGGGUGUCUAGUUCAGAAUGCCUUGAUCAGUUGUUCUAGAGAAGGAUACGUCCCUCUAGGCAAUUGACUCAAGAGGGCCUUGUUCCUUUAGUCGAGACUCAAGGUCUAGUCAAGGAUUCUCCGCAUUGUGAAUGAAAGUGAAACAAGUUAGAAAUCAUCAAUCGUUAGUCUGGCUAGUGGCUAGGGGAAUCAUACCUAAGUGAGUUCCCAACCUGUAAUUAGAUUAACUUUAACUGUAGUUUGCUAGAGUAGUUUUAGUUUUUUCAUCUUAAUCUGGUUUGCUAAAUAAUAAACUGAAGCUGAGUAAUAGUAACUCUAGAGACCCGUGGAUUCAAUAUUUAUCACUUGAGCCACUAUACUGCAGUCCCUUUCAUUGGUUACACUUGGCCUUUGUUAGGAGUUGUGUCAUAGAGAGUCAAGUUUUUGGCGUCGUUGCCGGGGACUUUCUAGAGUAUUAGGAAAGGCAGAAGUUUGUUACUUUAGUGUUUUUCUUUUCUUUUCCACCCUUGCUUUUCACUUGGGUGUUUUUGUUUUUGUUGAUGCGGAUCUGAAUCAUGGAUCCUCAUGGCUUCUCCAACAAUUGGGGGUAUCCACCACCACCCGAGUGGUAUUACCCCGAGACUCCCUGGAGCAAUCAAUGGAGGAGAAGACUAUGGAUUCGGGUUCCAGUACCAACCCCCUUACUACGGAGAACAACCGGACCCCUGGGCAUAUCAAGAACAACCUCAUUAUCAAGAAGAAUUUCUCCCACAACCAGAAGGGCCAUCGGCGCUGGAGUUACCCAUGGCGGCCUUCACGGGCCAUUCUGCAGAGCCAUGCUACACUCCACAGCCAGAUCCAAACUAUGAAUUGAGGCUUCUCAUGGAGCAGUUUGCUCGAGAUUGUGAGAGAUCAUGCUACAGGAUGGAUCAUUGUGUCCAGGCUUAUCGUGAAAUAGAGGAGAUCCUCCUGAGCCUUAAGAAGAGCGCCGAUGAUCUUGAGCGAUCUUUCGCACAACCUGCUCCAGAUCACCCUUCUGCUACCAUACAAGAAGAGGAGGAGGAAGAAGAAGGCUACAAGGACAUAGUGGAGCACACUGAAGUUGUCACGGAGAGCUCCCGUGAUGAUCAUGAUCAUGAAUGUCAUAUCAUAGCCGACCACACCUUCCCACAUCCCAAACUAAGCUUUGAAGAGGCGGGCAUGAGUGAGGAGAUGCAAGAAGAUCUCAUAAAAAAAUGGCUUGGCAACUUGCUCUCCAAUCCGUGCUAGAAGAAGAAGAAGAGCAAGAAAGGGUGCAGAAAGAAGUUGUGGAGGAUGUUGAAAGUGAAGCAAGAGGAGUUCUUGAUCGUUUCCCAGGGGUGAUACCAAAUGAACAAGGAAGGGAGGUUGAAUAAGCAAUUGGCGUCCUGGCUAAGGACGGAGUUGAGGUGGAAGAGGCUUGCACCGGCCAUGAGUUACAUUUGAUAUCUCCACCAAACUUCGAGGAACUACUUAGCAAGGAUCCAUUUGCAGUGUCUCUUUGCCAUACCAAGGUCACGUCGACAUCGGUCCCUCUUGGUGGACGCGAUGGUGGUCAAUCGAUGCUGCCAUAUCUGGUUUGGGGCAAUGAGACGAGAGAAGAGAAGAAGAGGUCUCGAGGGUGGAGACUUCAUCCGCAUCAAGUGCACGAGCUUCCAUCACCUGUCAUACCACAUGCUCGUGACUUGAGACUCCACCUCAUUGACGAGAACCUCAACUUCAAGGAGGUUUUGGGGUGGACCGAAACUUAGGAGCCAUCGUCCGGCUCACGACGUGAAAGAAGCGCUUGUUGGGAGGCAACCCAACCAGUCGGUUUGCAUUUCUUUCUCUUUUUCUCCUCGGUUGAGUCAGUUUUGUUAUUUGAUUUUAGAGUCAAUAACUCAACCUUUGUGAGAUUUUGUGUGGUGUUUGUGGUCUGACCACUCUCUCCUCCUGGAAUACACCGCCUGCCCCGUCCACCAUCAUUCACCCUGGAUCUGGUAACUUCGUUCUACCAUCAUUAUCUUUCCUCCAUUGAGGAUAAUGUCGUGCUUAAGUGUGGGGGGAUGUUCGAUUAUGUAUGCGGGUGAAUGUUUGGCUGUUUGUGUGCUUGGAGCCUAGUCCACUGUCCAAAUUUUUAAAUUUGAGGGCUCCAAGUACGUGUUUCCUUGCAAAUUGCUUGCUCAGUAUGCUUUGAAUUGACAGUCUCUAUAGUAAUGUGCAACCUAGGGAGGUAGUGUAGCACUAUGGAGGAUGUUGAAGUAUAAGAUUUUUCCUAUCUAGCUCUCUGUUGUGCUAGUUGAUUUUGUGAAUUAGUGGAGCUAAGACCAUUGAAUUCAUGUGGUAAUGGUGACUAUGUUUGGAUUGUGUUAUGGACUCGUGUAUGGAACAAGGUGCUCAUGUGAAAAAUGAAAAGCAGUUGGUCCUCCAUGUCAAAAUCAUAAAAUCUUAAACAUGGGGUAAGCCCAACGUGUGCGGCACCGUUCAUUGCACCAAAUAGGGUUUUGGAAGAGAUUUUAGUGAUCCUUAGUGGGGUACUCCUACAAGGUGAAGCUAAGCUGUCUCUAGUACAAGUAAAACUUCCACCCGUUGAACGAUUUGCCUACUUGAGGAUGUGUUUUUAAGGGCACGGAUAGAGCUUCCGACCCCCCUUAAUUUCAUUGACCCUCCACACGAGUUGAGGAAAAGGAGUUAAAAGAAGUACUCUGGCGAGCGCCAGGUGUGCAGAAAUUGCUCUUGCUCGACUAAUAAGGGUCGACCGUGCAAAAGACUGCAGUUGGAACCCCCGCCAAGUGAAUGAAAUAAGGAAAAAAAA